UGUGCAUCUCUGGAGGGGCCUUUCUGAUGUGAACCCAGAAGAGCGCAGAAGGGGAGGCCAGUUCAUUCUGUGUAGCCCAAAUGGAGUUGCUCACGGCUGCCGUGAUCCUGGCAGCGCUGCUCUGCUCAAAUGCCCAAAGCCUACCCACUGUGGCCUCUGCAGACUGCAACGAGGUAGAAAAGGAUGCAGAGGCAGCCCUCAACUUGAUCAAUAAACAUCGCAGGGAUGGCUACAUAUUCUCCCUCUUGCGUGUCGCCAAUGCUCAUGUGCAACAGGCUCCGCACUUACAGAUAAAUGCAUCCGUCCUGUACUUAACUCUGGAUGUGCUGGAAACAGAAUGCCCUGUAUUAUCCAGGAAAAACUGGAAAUCUUGUGGAGGGAGGCUAUUCUAUAGCAUCACAGACUUUGGACAAUGUAAAGUUGUCAUGUAUACUGGUGGAUUCUUCAAGACCCAAAGACUGUAUGGAUACAACUGUACUGUGAGCCCAGUUCCACCAGAGUUAUUUGAGUGCAGAGACUGUCCGGUGAGAAUAACAGUUUUGGAAGAUCUUGAAAAGUACACAGGAGAAGCUGAGAAGCUCUUGGAGAGACACAAGCAGGAGAGCAACACGACACGCAAUUUCAAGGUGGAGAAAGUCCAGAAAGCUUUUAGUGCGGUAGGAGAUCGUACAGCAUACGUUGUAGAAUUCACCAUAAAAGAGACCAAGCACCCCAGCAGCAAUCGUUCAACGAAGGCGUCAGAAUGUGAAUGUUUACCUGACAGAUAUGCACGCAAAGGAUUCUGCAAAGGAAAAGUAGUUGAUGGCAUAGAAGACGCUGAUGGGGUUGAAUUAGAGUCCUGUGAAAUCUUCGAUGUCCAUUAUGACAGCCAUCCCUUCCAUGACAAUGACCACAACCACAAUUCAGGAGAAGAACAGCAUCAUCACUGCAAUGUGACUGGACAUGAAUGCAGAUAUCCACCUCCUGGUUGCCCUUUUCAUCACCAUCCCCAUCCUCAUCACCAUCCUCACCACCAUCACCAUCACCAUCCUCAUCACCAUCCCCAUCCCCAUCAUCAUCAUCACCAUCACCAUGAUCAUGAUGAUGAUCAUCCUCACCACCACCACCCUCAUCCACACCAUCAUCACCAUCCUCACCACCACCAUCAUGGUUGUGGACAACAUGAUGGGCACAGACAUGACAAUAAUCAUCAUGGCCCUGCAGAUCCCAUAGGCCAUUAUAAUUCCUCUGAAGAUGAACACCCUGACUUCCCCCCUCCUCGUGGACCUUGUUACCCUGCUCCUCCUCCUGGUGGCCCACAUCAUUUUCCUCCUGGUAGAUAUCCUCCACCUCCUCCCGGGCCUCCACCUCCUCCUCCACCUCCUCCUAAUAGUCCACAUGGUCUUCCUCCCCGUCCCCACCCAGAUGUUUGCAAUUAUCAUCCUCCACCACACUCUGGUCACAAACGUGGCCACCGCCAUGGCCACCGGCAUCGGCAUGGCCACCAUCAUGACUACAGGUGUAACAGCACUUCCAGUGAAAGAGGAGAGGCCAACCCCUCAGAUGAUCGUGAUGCAUUCCAAGACCCCUAUUCUUUCCAUAAGAGUGAAGUUGGUUCUAUCUAUCACAUUCCAGUUCUAGGUAAACAUGAUGUCCUCCAAGCUCCCAGCGCAAACUUCCUUAACCAGCCAGACAGCAGCCAUGGAGGGCACAAGGCACCCAGUUUUCUUGGCAAAGGCAAACAUAAGAAGCCAGUACUUCAGCCUUUUCCAGAAACCCCAUCAGAAUCAGAAUCAUGCCCAACAACACCUAAAUAUGAUCCACCAGGCUUUUUGUCAUUAUUUCCUACUCAUGAUACAAAGUGAAUUCAUUUCCCUUAAAUGAAAAUCAUUGAAAUUACAUAAAUAUAUAGCUCCAUUGACUUCAGUCACAUGGUGACACUUGCUAUAAACUACAAUCUAGGAAAAUAAAAUAUCAGUAUCCAGGAAAUACAA